UUGUGCAAUAAACUGCAUCUCGAUAUGAUUUGGUGGCCGGUAUAUUUUCUGGCGCUUUGCGUUGCAACUUUCCUCUUUUUGAAAUAUAAACACAAUUACUGGAGAAGAAGGGGUGUAAGGCAAUUUGAGCCCGAGUUCUUCUUCGGAAAUGUUAGAGAGGCUGUUCAAGGAAAAGCUAAGAUUAUUGAAAUUUGCAGAAAGUACUACUAUGAUUUGAAGAAAAAAAAUGAACUUUAUGGGGGAAUAUAUUUAUUUUAUAGUCCUGUCUUGUUGCCUGUCAAUCCGGAAUUAAUCAAACAAAUUUUGACCAAAGAUUUCGAACACUUUACCUCUCAUGGAUUAUUUCACCACGAAAAUGACUAUAUGCAUAAUCAUCUUUUUAACGUCGAGGGAGAGAUUUGGAAAAACCUACGAUCAAAAUUGACACCAACAUUCACUUCUGGAAAAAUGAAGGGCAUGUACGAGAUACUAUAUAGUUUAGCUGACCGUCUUGAAAAGAAAACUGGAAACUAUGCCAAAACAGGAAAACCAGUUGAAAUAAAAGAGCAUGCAGCAUGUUUUGGUACUGACGUUGUGGCUACAUGUUUCUUUGGUCUGGACAGUGACUGCUUGAAUGUGCCAGAGAGCGAAUUUAGGAAGUAUGGCAAAUUGAUAUUUGCUCCAAGACCUGUGAGAUUUGUCAUGGAAAUGCUCAUUAAUUGGAACCUACUUGGCGCGUUGGGACAUACAUUUGCACCCAAAAAAAUUACGAAGUUCUUUACCCAAGUGAUUACGGAAACGGUCGCUUAUAGAAAGAAAAACAACGUGUCAAGGAAAGAUUAUAUGGACCUUUUAAUACAACUACAGAAUGAAAAUCAGUUGAAUGAAAAGGAACUUAUAGCUAAUACCAUGGUUAUGUAUGCUGCAGGGUUUGAAACUUCAUCAACUACAACUACUUUCCUCAUGUACGAACUGGCUAAGAAUCAAGACAUUCAGGACAAAGUCAGAGAAGAAAUCUUAGGUAUAUGCAAAAAAAAUCAAAGCGGGGAAGUUACUUACGAUGACCUAGCAGACAUGAAGUAUUCUGAAAUGUGUAUAUAUGAAACUUUAAGACGAUACUCGCCUGCAACAGAAGUUCCAAGAUGCUGCACCAAAACUUACACGGUUCCUGGUACUGACACCGUAAUUGAAAAAGAUACUUUCGUAAUUAUUCCUGCUUGGCUCAUCCAUAUGGACCCAGAAUUUUAUCCGAACCCAGAAAAAUUCAACCCGGAAAACUUUGCAGCUGAACAUAAACAUUCAAGACACGACUUUGUGUUUAUGCCUUUUGGAGGUGGACCCAGAUUGUGUUUUAGAUUCGCCUUGAUGCAAAUUAAAGUGAAUUUAAUAAAACAACUCAGAAAAUAUAGAUUUACACUAAAUUCAAAAACGCCAAAAAAUUGUACUUUUGAAUCACUAUCUUUAACUUUAACGGCUAAAGAGAAUUUAUAUUUGGAUGUUACUCCAGUAUAAUAUGACCCUAUUUAAAUUUAUUUACAGUAUAAAUGGUGUUUUAUUGAUAAAGAUGUAGCUUUGCUUUGCUCAAUUAUUUUUUUAGGCACCCUAGGUUGUACCAAAUGGAGGUCGAGUUGAGUACUGGUACUGAAGGUUUAAAGUCA